UGUUGCUCAUAAUAUCAAACAUUAAUUGUCUCAAAGUGGAAAAGAAAAAAAAUGAAUCCACUUGGUCUAAGUGCAACAGCUUUUUGUUGUGUCGUUUUUGUGUUUAUUGGAGGAGUACCCUUUUCAAAUGCACAACUAGAUCCUUCAUUUUACAAUAGUACAUGUUCUAAUGUUGAUUCAAUCGUACGUGGUGUGCUCACAAAUGUUUCACAAUCUGAUCCCAGAAUGCUUGGUAGUCUCAUUAGGCUACAUUUUCAUGACUGUUUUGUUCAAGGUUGCGAUGCAUCGAUUUUGCUGAACGAUACGGCUACGAUAGUGAGCGAGCAAAGUGCACCACCAAAUAACAACUCCAUAAGAGGUUUGGACGUGAUAAACCAGAUCAAAACAGCGGUGGAAAAUGCUUGUCCUAACACUGUUUCUUGUGCUGAUAUUCUUGCCCUUUCUGCUGAAAUAUCUUCUGAUCUGGCAAAUGGUCCUACUUGGCAAGUUCCAUUAGGAAGAAGGGAUAGUUUAACAGCAAAUAAUUCCCUUGCAGCUCAAAAUCUUCCUGCCCCCACUUUCAACCUUACUCAACUAAAAUCUAGCUUUGAUAAUCAAAACCUCACUACUACUGAUCUAGUUGCACUCUCAGGUGGUCAUACAAUUGGAAGAGGUCAAUGCAGAUUUUUCGUUGAUCGAUUAUACAAUUUCAGCAACACUGGAAAUCCCGAUUCAACCCUUAACACAACUUACUUGCAAACAUUGCAAGCAAUAUGUCCCAAUGGUGGACCUGGUACGAACCUAACCGAUUUGGACCCAACGACACCUGAUACAUUUGACUCCAACUACUACUCCAAUCUCCAAGUUGGAAAUGGCUUGUUUCAAAGUGACCAAGAGCUUUUUUCCACAAAUGGUUCUGACACUAUUUCUAUUGUCAAUAGUUUCGCCAAUAAUCAAACUCUCUUCUUUGAAAAUUUUGUUGCUUCAAUGAUAAAAAUGGGUAAUAUUGGAGUUUUAACUGGAUCUCAAGGUGAAAUUAGAACACAAUGUAAUGCUGUGAAUGGGAAUUCUUCUGGAUUGGCUUCUGUAGUCACCAAAGAAUCAUCAGAAGAUGGAAUGGCUAGCUCAUUCUAAACAUACGCUUGGAAAAUAUCGAAGAGGUUCAAUAUUUUCUGCAUACAUAUAUGAUGUGUGUAUGUGGUGGAUCACGAUAAUUAAUCUCUGCUUGUAUGCUCUUUCUAGUUCUAUACUAUGUUUUUGUUUUGUUCUUCAAGUUGAUUGGGGACCGUAGAAGCUCCCUAAUAAUAUUUGUGUCAAAAGUUUUUUAAUGUGUUAUGUCAUAAUGUUAUUUUCUAAAAUACUUAUUCAAGUAUUUAUAUGUUAAA